CAGUACCUGCGUGCAAGCAAUGCUACGUACCGCCUACCCAGGCAAGCCAGGCACUACUAACUCACCAUCUACUCAGCCGUCUGAUCUGAUCUCAGUCAAGGAAAAAAAGAGAACCCCUAAAAAUCGUAUUUCAUCUCUCACUACAAACUGUAUUUUGUUCAUUCACUUCUUUUGCCAGCCAAUGUCCACAAUUGUCCGCCAAGAAGGCUCAUAGGGAUUUCAUUAUACUCUUUUAUUUUGUUUCUUUUUUUUCUUCUUCUUGCGAGAUACGGCGGGAACGUGCCCGUGCCAUCCGGUUUUCUUGAUUCUGCAGGCGACAUCUUUUUGCCGCCCGUUUCCGUCCCCACGAGUUUGUCCGGCCGUUGAAAGUAAGCAAGCAAAGCUGUGACUUUCCCAAUUGCUACUGCCGAUAAUCGCAACACUCGGCCGAGUCCUACCUCUUUCAACUCGACAACCACCCAAAGUUCCCCCCGGCUCUACUCUUCUCUCAAUAUUCGAAUACCCCCGGGCCGCAUCUCCAAACCUAUCUGGGGCUGGCGCAGAGGAAGCAACUACCAUACCAUCAUCAUCCUUGGCCUGUUCCAGUGCCGAGAAGGGUCCCUACCGUCCUGCGACCAACUUUGGAAUUUUCUGCAACGACGUACCUCUGGACUUGCUGUUUUUACCCCCAGGUGAAGCUAUGGGCAGAAGUAGGCCUCUAGGAGACACAGAGUUUUGAGGGACAAGCACCCGAGACGACCGGAAAACAUUAGGCCCAGCACCGAAAACGACUGGGAUGCUUGCCCGUCUGGCUGGUUCCAGUCAACGCAUUGGCUUGCACCGAAACCGCUUUGCUUCUUUGGCGCGAUCGCCAGUUUUUCCUUGGGAUACGACCAAGGUGCCGAACGAAACGAAAGCUUCCCGAUAACAACUUGCGCGCGCGCAUCUUCCUCGUCCACAGCUACCUGCAACCGGUAGCUACGGCGAGGGGAGAUGUCUUUGAAUGGCCUUGACACCCCCGAAAUCAAGGAAGCUCAUGAUACCGCCGUAGCGGAGCCAGGGGGAUGGUUCGUGCUCAAGUAUGCCGGCCGCGAUGUGCUUGAGCUCCUUGGUCGCGGCAAUGGUGGGAUAGUAGAGAUUCGCAAUGCAAUUGCCCAGUACGAGGACCCAUCCCCGUUGUAUGGCUUUUUACGGUAUAGGAGGAGGAAUGUGAUCAUCAAAUAUCUACCGGAGGACUGCUCGCGGCUGGUUCAAGCCCGAGUAACCGUCCACCUCGACUCGAUAUGCGAGCGCUUCUCGCCAUAUGAUACAAUUUUUGAAAUUGCUGAAGCCAAAGAGCUAAAGGACACCAAGCUCUCUGCGGCAUGCUCUUUACACACUGCAUCCGGCUCUACAUCUUCAUCCACCAGCUCCCUUCGCCGCCGCCGGCUUAUGGAAAUUGCCGAGGAGGAGGAGGAGCAACGGGCAAGCAAGCGUCAAUCUGUGGUCAAUGAAGAGGGCGAAAAUAGGCCAAAGUCCAUUGAGAUACCACCUGUUGCUCUGGACUCUGGACUUGCCUCCUCACCGGAGGAAUCGCAGUUCUCUGGUAAGAUUGAGCCGCCGCCCUUCGUCGGAUCACAGUCAGAUCGCCCUCCCUCUCCCACAAAGUCAUUAGAGACAUAUGGCCAGCUAGAUUCCUACGGAUCUGGCUCUCCGUACUCGUACAAGCCCAAAGUGAAGCUGGGGCCGCGCCCAUCCCUUGACAUGAACGCUCGGCAGCGCAACGGGACCCUGAGCGGGUUUCGGCCCAUUUCUGCCCUUCCGGCUGGUUUCAAGAUGCAGAAGAAGGAAAAACCUGCCAUGGUGCGACAAUCCAUGGACGAGAAUUUACAUCCCAUUGUGCAAGAGCUCUUUGGGUCCGGUGCUCGGGAUCCGCAAAACACGGUACCAACUAGGCCUCACACGAGCGGUGGUAUACAGCCACCUCCAAUACCAGAAUCCAAGAUAUUCGUGAAGCCGCCGUUGACUCCUGGCGCUGUUUCGCUUGCUUCUGCAAAGUCGUCGAUGUACCCCAAUACCAGCAGCCCUGAGAAGUCACGGCUGAAGAAGGCGAUGCAGCUGCGGGAAAAGAAGAAGCAAAAAGCUCUGUUGGUGGCUGCAGAUGCCAAGGUAGCUGAGACUGUGGAGGACCCUGACGUCAAGGUGUCAUCGCUAGAUUCGGAUGCUAUCGGCCAAACGUCAUUGGCGGAGAAUCCAGAGCCUGUCGUGGCGGACUCUAUUGCCGAGGAAGCUGUGGAGGAGCAACCUGUUCAAGAGCAACCACCGGUUGACAGCCCACAGCCCGCCGACAAAGAACCGGAAACCGAACAGCCUUCUGUCACUGAGCAGACUCGAGAUACCACUCCUGAGACGGAUGCCGAACCCAUAGAAUCUGUCGACCAAAGUCCCGAUCAGCAGCAGGAAAACGAGGUCGCAAUUAUAGUGGACGAUGGAGAGCAAGGCUCGGCCGUAGAGAAUCAUGUCCCUGUAACAACAGCGGCGGCUGAGUUGGACGACGACAACCUAUCCUCCCUGGCUCGGGAAGGGACAGUAUCGGACGCGCAUACCGACUCGUCGCAUCCAGCCUCGCCGCUAGUGGGGUCUUCAGACCUUGGAAACUCGACGAAAGCAUCGUCUGUAUCCGAGGCUACAGACGAGACUGUACUGGACCAGUCUCAGACUAAGACUGCUGAGACUGCUGGUAACAACCAGACUGGUAGCGAUCAGGCCGAACCAGACGUGCUGGUUGGCGCAGUUGAUGUUUCUUGUAAUCCCAGUGCUGAGAUUUCUGAAGAAUCCAAGCGAGAAGAUGAAGUUGCGGCCGCUGAGAGCCAGGAUCAGGUUGCCAACCGGCAAGAGCUGGAGGAACCGGCUCCUGUGCAGUUGCCGAUAUCGAAAUUCGCAUCUGCUGUCGUAAAUCCGAAUCGCAGUCCAACUGUGGCAGGAGUUGUUACUGAGGCAACAAUAGGGAGCGAUAGGAAUUCCGCUGUGGAACACAUUCCUUCACAAACUGAAUCAACAAGUCCACGACUUGGCAUUCCACAGUCUAAAUUCUCAACAGCAAAGCAACAGCCUGCAAGCCCGUCUGGCAGGUCCCCCGACACUCCAACCAUUGCCAUUGACGACCUAGGGGAGAAGGAAAAUGAAAAGGAGAACCAAGAUCCCGAGAAGCUCGCUUCUGGCUUAGCCGUCGAGAAGCCGACACAGAAGCGAAAGGUAUCCAUUGACCCAAUCCGAAUCGACACAGCCAAUCUCUCCGAUGACGAAGAUCUCAUGGAUGAACUGCAGACGGCGACUUUGCAGGAAGCCCGCCCCAUGAACAUCUCCAAGUCUCCAAUCACGCCAGUCUUUCCCACACAACCUUUGGCUGCUCCCGCAGCCGCAAACACGGGCGAGUCCAGUCCUCGACCGAUCACCAGCCAGGGCAUACCUAGCAGCUUAGUCACCGAUUCUCCAGCUGGGUCUGCUGGGCCCGCAAUAAGACCGAUGACCGCCGCCAUGGACUCACCCUCUGGCUCUGGGACGAACACUCCUCAAGGUUACCAUGGCUUGCGCUCUGCAUCGAACCCAACUGCUCGUGCUCCCCUUUCUCUGCUAUCAGCCACUGGGGAUGGCGACAGGCCAUUUGGCAUGAGGGCAACAUCCUCCGGGUCUGCCUUCUUGAACAGACUUGGAUCAUCUUCAGGAACAGCACCACCCUCGCCCUCACCAUCAGUCGCGUCCACUUCCGCUGCAAAUCUACUGGGAAAGAAGGCGGGGGUUGGCAGCAGCAUCUCCCAACGCAUCAAGGCUUUGGAGAAGAUAUCGGCCGCUGGACUCCCAUCGCCGAACGCAACAGAACGGCCACAGUCGGCGUUCUUUGCAGUCCGUCAGCAACAGUCGAUUGGACGUGGCGGUGAAGUCUCAAGGGCCCCAUCGGUUGUGGAGCGGGCAACCUCACUGGGCCAGGACCAGACACCAUCUCCUCCCCGGUCUCGUGGAAGAGACAUCACCACGGCGGCAGGAAGCAUUCGGGACAGGUCUGGAUCUAUCUCCAGUAGAUUGUCGGUUUUUGAGGGCGGCAACCUCCCCAGAGGCAGGCCAGAUUCUGUUCAAGUGACGGCCCGUAUUGUGAGGGAUCCUCGCCCCCAGUUUCCCAGAGUGACCGAGCCACGCGCCGAUACGAGCGAAGGAUCGAUGGUGGAUCUGAAGCCUUCGGUCCUGGUGGUCGACCACGAGAAAGGUUCCGACGAGCCCCAGGAUUUCGUAGUUGCACCAGUGGAAACGCCUAGGAAGGAGACUAUCCUGCAGCGUCGGCAGUCGAAAAAAGAGAAGCGCAGAUCCCAAUCCGAGGAUGUAGGAAUUAUUGGGGGUGAUGGAGCUGGAGACGAGAUUGGUGAAGAUGGUACCCCUCGCAGGCGCUCGUCUCUUAGCAUCGUCAAGGAUUUCAUCAAGGACCGCCGCCGCAGUGUGCUCAGCGGUGGCAAAUCUCCAUCGACGGACAACCUUCACAGCGCUGUGCUGGGCCCAAGUCCUCUGACUAGUCCCAAUGCGUCCCGUUCACCAUCCAGGCCACCCUCGGUGCACCAAAGUACCAGUAUCUCGGGACGUCUGAGCAUCUCUAGCCGGCGGUCUUCGACUAGUAAAGAUAGGGAUCUGCCCCCCGUUGCUGUCAUGUCACCCACCAAUGGCCCCGAGGCCAGCCUGUCUGGAGACGAGAGUGUCAAGGCGACCGAGAAAAAGAGCCGGGCUAGUCGGUUCAUCAGACGCCUGUCCAACUCCCUGAGCUCCAGCCGCAAGACAGUCACACCCGUCAUGUCCCCGACCGUCACCGAGGAGGAAUACGACGGCGACGACCAUGGCUCCUUCUUUGCGCCCGGGAGACAGCCCCAACACCAGCAGCCAACUCAGUUGGCUUACAUGGGCGACGUAAACGUCCAGUUCCCCGACAAUCUUCUUUGGAAGCGCCGCACCAUGUGCCUGGACUCGCAGGGCUUCCUGAUCCUUAGUGCUGUGCAGGGAAUUGCCGCUGCAACUGCCGCCAACACAACGGCGCUGAAUGGCAUUAAGCGCUACCACCUGAGUGACUUCCGCGUGCCAUAUGCGCCUGAGAUGGAGCAGCAGGAGCUCCCUAACAGCGUUUGUCUCGAUUUUAUCGAGGGCUCAAGCCUGCAGAUUGCAUGCGAGGACCGCGCUGGUCAACUAACCACUCUCCAUGCCCUGCAAGACGCCCAUCGCAAUCAUACGACAUUCGGACAAUGAAGCAAAAAGUGAUACAAAAAAGGUCAUCGAUACCCACUUAUUACGCUCAAUCAACCCGCAUCACUCAACACCUCAUCAUCGGCGGCAUCUCUCCGUCUGGUGUCUUUCCCAAUCUCCUUGACUAAACUCUCUUCUGUCUCCCCGUCACAUCUUUCCUUCUCUGGCCGGCUCGCGUAAACCCAAUGCCUUUUUUUUAUUGUCUCAGGACAAUCAUCUUCAUGUGCUUAUAUCUACCGGCGUCUGAUUUUUGACGAGGGGAAACCACACAAAGAUACCUUUUGAUACCACCACGCAUCAUCUUGACUCGGAUGCUUUUAUUUUAUUUUGUCCAUUGUUUCUUUUUUCUAACUUGGCAAUGGCCUGUUUUGACCAUCUUUCCACAAACAAAAACUUCCAAGUAACCCUCCCUCGUAUCCCCCUCUCAUUUUGAAUCUGCUUAUUUCUCAUACCCCCAAGAAAAAAGCAUAUUUCAUCACCUCUUUCUUCAUAAAAAGAUCGUCUUUUGUGUGAUCUAAAGCAUCCUUGACCCAACCCACUGAAUGGGGCGGGGCAUAGGCCUUUCCCUAUAUUGUUGUAGUUCUCUUCUUAUCGCGGUCGUUUUUUUUUUUCUCUUUGUAGGCCGAGUUCUAUCUAAAUACACAUAAAUAUAUAUACCUCAUACACCGUAACUUAUAAAUACC